AUGGAUGUUUUAUCAAGAAUACAGGCUGUGACUCCCAUAAAUAAUGCUAGGAAAUUCACUGUUCGAUUUGAUAUGAUGUGUGGAAAUGAUGAUCAUUAUUUUGAUUUUAUUCAAGGAAGAAAAAUCGGUGCUCUGCGAUUGAUUCGUCCUGUAAUUGGCCCACGAACAUUCCAAGUUAAGUUGCAAAUGGUAGUUUUAGACAGUAAAAGAUACUUGUUAGCUGUGCAUUGGGCAUUCGUACAUAUUGAUGUCUCACCACAAUCAUACUAAAAAAAUGUACGUGAAGUCGCAUUUGUACAUAGUCUUGGGAUGCUGACUUUUACGAGAAGUACCUGACAUAAACUAAUAGCAGGAAUAUAUAUUGUAACAGUAUGUGUAACACUCCUCCGCGACAGUAACAAGGUAUUAUUUUCUCUGUAGUGACCAAUCCACAAAUGCAAUAAAAGGAAUAUUUGUAUUAAUGUUUCAGAAAUCAGUUAUUAUAAGUAAGGCAUCUGUUCAAUCUAUGCUAAUCUAAUCUAACGCCAAAAUA